GAAAUCGAUGGCCGCUUUAAUCCAUCGACGGACGAGGCGGAUCCAUGGGCUAAUCAAGCUCCAAAUCUCAAUUUCGUAUCAUCUUUCACCUCACUGUGCCCGCUGUGCUCACUUUGCUCACUUCACUCACUCCUCACUCCUCACUCCUCACUCCUCACUCCCUCCCCUCACUUAUUAUUCUUUCCUCUCUCUCGUUCCACCUACCAGUCGCCAUCCUGCCCAUCCGCCAAGAGCCACCGACAUUGGACAAGCCCGUUCCCGCUAUUUAAUUCCUCACCGGCCACGCAUCUCACGCACGCGUUCAACCUCGACGUAACCCAAAUAACACUGUGAUUGUGGUUGUGCUUGUGGUUGUGGUUGUGCUUGUAGCUGUUUGUUCAAAGACAAUACAACCAAUUCCCAACGAUUCACGAUUCGAUUCGAUUUAUCUAUCUCUCUAUCUAUCUCUCUAUCUCUCUAUCUCUCUAUCCGUCUCUCCAUCCAUCCCACAUCAAAUUCACACCAUCUGAUACCUCAUUCGUCAAUUUCCACUCCAACCAUCUAGGCAACAACCUCUCCUCCACACCUUAAACCUUAAUCUUGACCCUCUUCUAUCCCGACCUUUCGCGCUUCUCUUCCCGCUUCCCUCCCUCGCAGCACUGCCAUCAAAAGAUCUUUCAUGCAUCGAAGCUUCGACCGACCGAGGGAAAACAAACAUCGCAUUACUAAAUACAAGUCGGAGCAGUCGACACGAACCUCAUCGUCGUCUCUUCCGAGUUUGAUUUGCUCGCCUGUAUUGAUCCAGUGUCGAGAAAGGGCUCUCAGCCUCGAAAGUGAUAUUUGUGCCGCCAAACCACACAUCACAUCUACUUGCUUUCUUCGAACGAUUCGCAAGUUCACAAGAACUGACCACUCAGGAUGUCGUUCACACACCCCCGAAGAACUACAAAGACCACAUCGAUUGCUGUGACUCUUCUUGCGAAUUCGUCAAGCCGGCCAACAGUUAAUACAACUAUGGCUUCCCUUCGCAAAGGUGCCACUUUCCACUCUCCUUCUUCUCCCACAAACGAAGUCGAUGGUGCCUUCAACCUCUCCGCCCUCGAACGUUCAUUAUCCAAUCUCGAAGAUUUCGCCGUCGAAUCACACAAGCGUCGUGCUGCCGAUGUCAUAGAAUCAUUCGAGCUUACGGCCGCCGGCAACCAAUCAUCUUCUACUCCACGUCGACGCUUCCGUGACGAGUCUGAUCCGGUUCCUCGAGGUGUCGUCAACGUUGAGAACCCCUCCACUAAAGCAUACAACACUGAAUUGAUGGACGGAGUCAUGCCGUCAGAGCAAUCGUCUGUGAGACGGUCGACACGUCCCCGCCGCACCACGCCCCGAUAUGCAGACAGUGGUCUUGGAUCAUCCAUCGGGUCAUCAUCAUCAGACAAGAAAGUCCUCACCAAUGACAAUGUCUCCAAAUCUACCAAGCCAUCAACCAUCACUAGAUCGGCUGCUGCUCCAUCUACAACCAUCAAAAGCCUUCCAAGACUCAGUGCCCGUACUACCGCUCGCAUUCAAGAGCAUAUCUUGAAGCCACUCCUAGCAAAGGAGUCUUUCAAAGACUUGCAUCCCCUCGUCCAAGACUGCCCAAGACGAAUUCACCAGAAGGAAAUCGUAUCCCUCCGCGACCUGGAGAAGACUUUAAUUUUUACCGCACCUAAGUACACAAAGAGCGCCUCCUUGUACCUCGACUUUUGUCUGGAAUCGAUCCACUGCAUCCAAGCUACCGUCGAACUUGUUAAUGAACGCGAACAAACGCGCCCCAACGACCGCCCAUAUACUAACGGGUACUUUGUCGAUCUCGUCGAACAGAUUAAGCAAUACGCUGAACAGGUCCGAGAAGCCAAGGAGAAGGAAGAGAAAGGAGAAACCAUUAGCGAGAUGGAUGCUCACCCAUCAGAUGAGGUUAAGCUCCACGGUGGUUUGACCAGAAAUGGUCGACCAGCUGAACUUGUCCGCAUCAACAAGAAAACUGGCAAGGCCAUUUCGAUUGCCACCGGCCAACCGGUUGACAUGGAUGAUGAUGAUAACAAGUCUAUGAGAUUCAAGCGCUCCUUGAGCGAAGAAGCUGAAGAUGAAGAGUCCGUGAUGAGAUCCAUGGCACGUCGCAAGAAGGAUGCUUCUGCUGCUGAGCUUGCCCCUAAAUUUUGUCGCGAGAAGGGCUGUGAUAAGUCAUUCAAGCGUCCAUGUGACUUGACCAAACAUGAGAAAACCCAUUCCCGUCCUUGGAAAUGCCCCGUUACUUCAUGCAAAUACCACGAAUAUGGUUGGCCAACCGAGAAAGAGAUGGAUCGUCAUCAGAAUGACAAACAUUCAGCCGCUCCUCCACUAUUCGAGUGUCACUUUAAGCCUUGUCCAUACCGAUCAAAACGUGAGUCGAAUUGCAAGCAACACAUGGAGAAAGCCCACGGUUGGGAGUACAUUAGAUCGAAGAACAACGGAAAGAACAGACCUGCUGCACCUGCUGUCAUCCCCAAUGGUCUUCCUACUCCUCAGAAUACUAUCAUUCACACCCCAGGCAGCGACUCAAACCUUGAAUCUCCACUCAUCGCUGAUGAUGAGAUGCUCUAUGAGAAUACCUCAUUGUACACCACCAACCACAGCAUGGACUUCUUUGGCCCAGCAUACCCUGCUGAAAUGAACUUGUUCCAACCCCCACAAUCUUUGAAUAUGGAAUAUUCUCCCAUCACGGAUAACUCCUUCUCUCCUGAUGGACAAUCGCCAUUUGAUGCAAAUUCUCCCUUCAACUCCACAUCUGUUCUCGGUGCACAAGAUCAAUUCCAAGAGAAUAUGCAGGCCUACCCAUCAAACGAUGAAUGGGCGGCUUAUGAGCAAACUGAUCUGUACAGUGCCCCAGCUCAGAUUCACAUUCCAUCUAACCACCAAAUCUACCAAGAUAUCAUGGGGCAAAACUCCAUGGCAUUCGAAACAUCAGGUGUCACAUAUCAAACUCAGCAUCAACAACACCAACCCCAACCCCAACAACAACAACAACAACAUCCACAAUCAAUGGCACACAUCUCCCCUAUCGGUGAAGGCAACACUAUGCUUUACACACCAAAAUCCAUGCAAGACUUUGAUGAGGGUUUUGAAGACUUUGUCCCAAACAACACUCGCAUGACCACUAAUGGUGUUCAAGAUUUCCAACUCUUUUCUGCACCUCAACAAAGACAAAAUAGCAUCCCUGCUCCACUCUUUGGUGAAAUCAUUCCUCAAGCACCACUUGGAUUUCCUGGAAUUCAUCCCGAGGAUUUGAUUGCAUUCUAUGCCCAAACUGCUGCCAAUUCCGCUGCUGGUACUGGCAAUCACCUACCACAAAACCACUACCAAAACCAUCAACAACCACAACAUCAACAACAAUUGCAUCAAAACAUGAACAUGACGAUGGAUUGGUCUUCUGAUGAUUAUGGUUACAACAGUCAUUAAACAUCACGUAUAAGCAGUGAAUAGAAUGGCAAUCCCAUCUUACAACUUUGAAAUUCCUGGCAUUAGCAUAGUAGCAUUUUUUUUUUUUAUCGUUGGCGCUUAUUAGCAUUUUUCCAAAUCAGUCUUACGAAAGUUUUUUGACUCGCUGUUUUUCCACAACACUUUUUUCCUUUCUUGAUGAAUUGAUGAGUAGUAGUUAAUGUGUGGGGGGUUCCAGGAUGGAAUGGUCGAGCUUGAUUGAAUUGCGUGGUGGAUGUGGAAUAUGAUGGAUGGAUGGAUGGAUGGAUGGGGUUUCUUAGAUCUCGACGGGUGGUCGACCGUUGCACCGGGACGGGACUGACCGGGGAUAUUUUUAUCAUGAUUUUAUUUUCUUUCUGGAAGAGAUUGCAGAUGGAAGCAGAUCUCGCGUUUUACAGUAGCUGAUUUGGAUGGAUGGUAUGGAUGGAUCUUGAUUUUAUUUUCACUUGAUUUGGUUGGAUGGGAGUUGAAUUGAAUUGAAUUGGGGUUUCUACUUGGGGUUCUAUCUGAAUUGGCUGGGUAUUGAUUGAUUAGGAGGAAAUGAGUGUUGAAUUCAGAGAAUGCGAGGAUGGUGGAUAGUGAAGGAAAGGGGGGAUGGAUUGCAUGGCAAAUAGUAUUUGAAGAGAUUCUAGAGGAAAGAUACGUAAGAUACAUGACCAGACAGAAAUACUUUUGAUAGAAAUGAGAUUAUUAUCA